GGAAGACACGUUUAGUGACUCGCUGAGAGCCUCUCCUGUCCUGGGUCUACAGCAACCUUCUCUUACCCUCGGUCUCAUUCAGUCUUUAUUUUGACUGCAGAGCUCACAGGUUCAAGCUCUCUUCUCCUCCAUAACUGUUGAGGAAUGCAGUCACUACGUAUGCUCAACGAGGUUUGAAUUUCAGCUGAUAUUACAAGCCAGGGGACAAAAUUUUACCUGGAGACAACAGAAGAAGUCUUCGUCAUGUUUUGUUUUCGCGCGAUUUUGGUACUUUCUGCCUGUGUUGUGUACGGGCAGAAGAAAGAGAAGACAAACGUGUUCACCAUCAAGCCAGUGUCGUCUAUCUAUCUUCCUCAUUAUGUUGCCGGGAAGAAAUCCUGGGGGAUCAAUAAAGAUGCAGCCGUCAAAACAGCUUACGAUAUGGAUACUAAACUGGCAUACAGUGCUGGUAAACAAUGGAUCCACGUUGUCGACUUUGCGGAUAUGUUCUUUCCCAAGAUCCUGGACAAGUUCGAUUCACCACGCCCUGUCACGGAUAUCGCCGAGUGCGGGCGCUAUGUAGCAUGGGCUGUGGAAGGUCAGGAGAUUACAGACAGUGGAUCGGUAGUUCUCUAUGAUAAGUUCUCACGGGUCGAUCGGAAGUGGAACAGAAAUUGUGAAUUUAUAGUUGGAUCCAGGCCAAAGAGCAUCAGAUUCACGAAGGAUUGUUCCACCAUCGUUGUUGCUAACGAAGGAGUUGCUGAUGUAGCCGGUACAGGAAGUGCUUCACAAUGGGUUAAUCCCGAAGGUACAGUCAGCAUCAUUAGGUUGUAUGGCAGAAUGCAUCAAAGACAAGGCCAAGGACAAGGAGGAGGAGGAAAUGGCGGAAACAACUGGGGGAACCAAGGAACAAACCAGAAUAAUUGGGGUAACGCAGGCGGGAGAGGACAAUGGGGAAACAAUGGUCAAGGUGGACCACCCAAUGGAGGACCAAACAACGGUCAACCUGAUUGGAAUAACAGAGGAGGCAAUGGAUGGAAUAAUAAUGGACAGAAUCAGGGACCCAAUCAGGGACCCAAUGGGGGUGGCCCGAAUGGGGGAGGAAGAGGCUGGAAUAACCAGGGUCCAAACCAAGGGGGAAAUGGUCCCAAUCAAGGACCAAACACAGGUGGACAGGGAUGGAACAACCAAGGCCCAAACCAAGGCCCAAACCAGGGCCCAAACCAGGGCCCAAACCAAGGACCAAACCAAGGACCGAAUAGAGGAGGAACUGGAUGGAACAACCAAGGCCCAAACCAAGGAGGUAGGGUACCAAACCAAGGGCCAAACGGAGGUGGAGGUAAUGGCUGGAACAACCAGGGACCAAAUCAAGGAGGACGGGGUCCCAAUCAAGGACCAAACACAGGAGGACAGGGAUGGAACAAUCAAGGCCCAAACCAAGGCCCCAACCAAGGCCCUAACCAAGGACCAAAUAGAGGAGGAACUGGAUGGAACAACCAAGGCCCAAACCAAGGAGGUAGGGUACCAAACCAAGGGCCGAACGGAGGUGGAGGUAAUGGCUGGAACAACCAAGGUCCAAAUCAAGGAGGUAGAGUACCCAAUCAGGGUCCAAAUCAAGGAGGUAGAGUACCCACUCAAGGUCCAAAUAGAGGAGGAACUGGGUGGAACAACCAAGGAAACAACCAGGGACCAAACCAAGGCCCAAACCAAGGCCCAAACCAAGGACCAAAUAGAGGAGGAACUGGAUGGAACAACCAAGGCCCAAACCAAGGAGGUAGAGUACCCAAUCAGGGUCCUAAUCAAGGCGGUAGAGUACCCAAUCAGGGUCCAAAUCAAGGCGGUAGGGUACCCACUCAAGGUCCAAAUAGAGGAGGAACUGGGUGGAACAACCAAGGAAACAAUCAGGGACCAAACCAAGGCCCAAACCAAGGGCCAAACCAAGGACCAAAUAGAGGAGGAACUGGAUGGAACAACCAAGGCCCAAACCAAGGAGGUAGAGUACCCACUCAAGGUCCAAAUAGAGGAGGAACUGGGUGGAACAACCAAGGAAACAACCAGGGACCAAACCAAGGCCCAAACCAAGGCCCAAAUAGAGGAGGAACUGGAUGGAACAACCAGGGACCUCAAGGAGGAGGUGCCAGAGGAAAUCCACAGAUUCCUAAUCAUGGAGGGCCCAAUCAAGGACCAAACGCAGGGGGAACCGGGUGGAACAGAGGGCAGACCAAUACACCUAAUGCUAGAGGAAGAGCUCCACCAAACAACCCCCCUAAUAAUCCUGGACAGGGCCCGUGGCAGAUCCAACAUGUGCUUGGCCACCUUAUCCGACAGAAACGACAAUAUCCUCCACCACCACAAACACCAAACUGGCAGCCACAAACACCGCAGUGGCAACCACAGACACCGCAGUGGCAACCACAGACACCAAGAUGGCAACCACCUCAAAGACCAACCUUUCCCCAGACCCCAGCCAGAGGUCCAGGCGGCGGAGGUCGCGGUAUGAACCCUCCCAACAGUGGACCAGGAUUCAAUCCAGGACAAGGUCAGGGACAGACACAAUGGCAAAGACCAGGACAAAGACCUGGACAGAGACCUGGACAGAGGCCAGGCCAGUUUCCCCAGGUCCCUGGGCGAGGGAAUACACGAGAUCAGAAUCCGCAAGGGCAGAACCCAAAUGGACAGAGCCCUCAAGGAGGAGUGACAACAAGCAGAGGUACCUGUUCUGGUGGUGGAAACUUUAACCCAACCGUUACAACAUUGGAUUUCACCAAAUUUAACGCAAGGGCUGAUUGGUUCAAGUCUCAGCUAGUUCGACAGCCAUACACUGGUCAGAUGGGUGACAAGCAACUGAAUACAUUCUCACAAGGUCUUGAACCUGAGUACGUGACAUUUGACUCCAUGGAAACCACUGCAUAUGUUAGUCUUCAGGAAAAUAACGCCAUUGCGAGUGUUGAUCUGUUUGCCAAUGAAAUCACAGGCAUCCAUCCUCUUGGCGCCAAGCAAUGGAAAAGAUAUGAUCUGGAUCCUAGUCCUGGCAAUGCUCGAGGUUUCCAGAAGUAUGACAUCGAAAGCUUCCGUCAGCCCGAUGCGAUUGAGUCGUACACGGCAUCCAAUGGAGAGACUUAUAUCGUGACAGCAAACGAGGGCAAGCAGCUUGAAUACACAUGUAAUCUCAACGCCUGUCCACCGGGUGGUGGAGAGUUCGUCGAGUUCGAAAAGGGAGACGAGUUCCCAGAAGAUUACUGGUUAACUGCAAAGCUACUUGAAAGGGUUAGCAAUGCUGAAAUGUUAGACGCGUUCAGGUUAGGCAAUCUUGAGUUCAGUCGUAUUGAUGGACGCAGUACUGAACAACCCCUGAAGCACGAUGACGUGUAUUUCUACGGAGGACGUGGUAUCUCGGCCUACCGCGUAGACAGACAGACCGGCAACCUGACCCUGGCUUGGGACAGUGGUGACAUUAUCGAGAAGGCUACAGCUAAGUACCUUCCUAAAAUGCACAAUGGUAACAACAGGGUAGGAGAUCCUAGUCUUACCAUGGCUAGCACAUUCGACUCACAGUCAGACAAAAUGGGUCCUGAAUGUGAAUCCAUUGAAAUUGGCGACGUCCAGGGCACAAAACUCAUCUUCGUUGGUAUUGACAGGAUCAGUGCUAUCGCCCUCUUCAGCGUCCCACCAGAUGGAAAUCUACCGAUAUUCGAGUCAAUUCACAGAGAUGGCCAUAUUGAUAAAUCUUUCUCGGAGCUUUACAGGACAAAGGAAUUCGGAGAUUCUGAUCCAGAGUCUAUAACAUUUAUUCCUCCCGAAAAAUCGGCUGACAAGAGGCCCAAACUGAUGGUAACAGGACGGGUCAGCGGAACUAUCACCAUCUAUCAAAUCAGGGAUGAACCUAUCUGGAUGUUACUCAAGGAUGGCCGCAGUAGAGAUGUUCGUCUGUUGGGCUCCUUGCACGUUGUUCUUCUAUCUACCUUCCUAGCGAUUGUAGCUGGUUAUAGAAGACUAAAUUGAGACUAGGUGUGGAAGAGACCAUGUCUCAAAACGAUCAACCUACUAUAUGAUUACUGUAAGGAAAAAAUAUCUAUCGGUUUGGUGCAGAGCAUUCAAGAAGGACUGAGCCAUCAAUGUUCAGAAGAUGUUUCUCUUCGUAUCAUCAGACACAAAACAGCGAUGUCAUGGAUAUGGACAAGGGAGUCUACAAGGCGUUAUACUCGCCAAUGAUCGGCCCGCUUGUGUUGUUAGGAUGUCAUAAUGAUAUGAAGAGAAAACAUUUUAAAAUGGCGCCAUCACCGCUGCAUCAUGGAUUAAACUUUACACCAUCAGACAGUGGACAGUAGACAGUAGUGUGCAGGCACAGACCCAUGCCAGUCGCCAUGCAAAACAGGGGCUCCAAACCAAGAGACUAUGCAAAGACCGCAGUCGAUAGGCCCUGUACUGUAACUGCUCAUGACUUGUUUCAGUGACAGGACCAGAGACUUAUUUCAACUCUGUUUGAAUGUCGAAUGAGAGCCUGUGCCUGCACACUAAGUAAAUAGAGGCCUGGGUAGCGUUUCACAAGACCAAGUUCAACUUCACCGUCAUCCCAUUGAAGCGCGUGUUAAAUUAAAUACACGCGUUCCAAUGGGCUGUCGGUGAGCUUGUACUUACAAUGUAUUACAGUUUUGUGAAACGCUGGUCAAACAAUGUAAAUCAUGCUAAAAAUUGGAGACGUCUCACGAUUGGAAAAAAGAAAGAUAAAAGUUCUUCUUGAUAAAAUAACUACUAGCAGACAACUGUACAUUGCUUGAUAUCACAACUAUUUUUGAAAAUUAUUCUAAACUAUUCUAGACAAGGACCGACGCCAGAUACUGUACAUAUUUUCUGUAAUAUAUAUAUUAGCCCAUUAAGCUUUCAAACUUUUACAGCAAUAGACUCUGAGAAUUAUAAGUCUCCGAGAAAUAGAGCAAUAUAUGGCUAUUUGUAUAUUAGCUUUGAAUGUAUGAAAUCAAUUAGAUCAUCUCGGAGAAUUUCAUCUAUAUCAUUCAUAUUUCUAGUUUUGAGUAUAAUGCCGAUAAUAUUUUGUCCAUGCAUGAAUACAUUUUCAUGAAUUGUGCAAUAUUAUUUAUACAUUUUAGAGCAGAAUUGUAUUACAUGAGAAUAUUUUAUGAACCUAGAUAUUUUCACUGCAGAGACUUUGCUAAAAAAUACUGAGAAAUUAUAUGCCGAUAUAUUCGGUUAAAAUGCAUUGAUAAGAAGGAAAUAUGUCUACACAAGUAUGUAUGCGUACAUUUUUCUCUUCACCUCUGUCUAUGUGCCUCUGUCUCUCUGUCUCUCUCUCUGUCUCUCUCUCUCUCUCUCUUUCUUUCUUUCUUCUCUCUCUCUCUCUCUCUCUCUCUCUCUCCCUAUGUCUCUUCCUCUGUCUCUCUGUUUAUUUCUUAGAUAUUACCAAUCGAUAUUGUUAACACGGUCAUCCUUUUCAAUGCAAAGUAUUUAUAUUUUUGUCAUCAGCACAAUACACAAUUGAUGUUGCCAUAAACUUCAUAAUAAAGAUAAUUAUGAAAACACGUA